GCUUUGGCUGAGUCGUCACGUGACUUCCGCAUAGCCAGAGGGGGGGCUUGGAAAUCAGUUGAGUUUUCUUCCAGCCGCGGUAAACAUGGCAUGAAGUCAUGAUGAGUGACAUGUAGAGCCGCUCCACAACAGCUGACAUGCCCAUUUAAAAAAGCACCGUCAGCCUUCACCACCACCUGACCGGCUGUCCUCCAUUCCUUGGCUUUGCUUCGAGGGUCCUACUUACCCGCCCUGCCGCUCUGUUCCACUGCCAGCUUCUAAGAACAUAAAAUGGUGGACGUCACCAAAUGGCCUCUCUUCAGCCUGAUGUCGCCCCAGGAGCUGGCCUCCAUCUGGAAAGCGUGCGUGUUUGGAGCGUCUGCCAACGAGGCCAUCUUCAUCACCGGUGAUGAUGAGGUGUAUGUUUUUGGACUCAACUGCAGUAACUGCCUCGGCACUGGAGACAGCCAAAGCACCAUCGUACCAAAGAAGCUGGACUUCCUGAGUGGCAGGAAGGUGGUCAGCAUGAGCUACGGCAGCGGGCCGCACGUCCUCCUGGCCACUGAGGACGGCGAGCUCUUCGCCUGGGGACACAAUGGCUACAGCCAGCUGGGCAAUGGGACCACCAACCAAGGGGUGGCGCCGGUGCUCGUGUCAGCCAGCCUGCUCAACAAGAAGGUCACAGAGGUAGCCUGCGGCUCCCACCACUCCAUGGCUCUCACCGACUCUGGAGAGGUGUACGCGUGGGGUUACAACAACUGUGGCCAAGUGGGUUCUGGUUCCACAGCCAACCAGCCCCACCCACGCCGAGUUUCCAGCCUCCUUCAGAACAAAGUGGCUGUCAGCAUCGUGUGUGGACAGACCUCCUCCAUGGCGGUGGUGGACAAUGGAGAGGUGUUUGGUUGGGGCUACAACGGCAACGGACAGCUUGGACUUGGAAAUAACGGGAACCAGCUCACACCGUGUCGACUCAUUGGUCUCAUGGGUUUGUGUGUGCAACAAAUUGUGUGUGGUUACACACAUUCACUAGCACUGACCGAUGAAGGCUUCCUCUACGCCUGGGGGGCCAACACGUAUGGACAACUGGGCACGGGGAACAAGAGCAACCAGCUGAGUCCGGUUCAGAUCAUGACUGACAAAGAGAGGAUCGUGGAGGUGGCCGCCUGUCACUCCACACACACGUCGGCCGCAAAGACCCAGAGCGGCCAGGUGUACAUGUGGGGCCAAUGCAGGGGCCAAUCCAUACUGCUGCCCCACCUCACGCAUUUCACCUGCACUGAUGACGUCUUUGCCUGCUUUGCCACGCCCUCUGUGAUGUGGAGGCUUCUGACCAUGGAGUAUGAUGACUUCCUGACGGUGGCUCAGUCUCUGAAGAAGGAGUUUGACAACCCAGAGACGGCUGACCUCAAGUUCUGCGUUGAUGGCAAAUACAUCUACGUACACAAAGCAGUCCUCAAGAUCAGGUGUGAACACUUCCGCUCCAUGUUCCAGUCGCACUGGAACGAAGACACGAAGGAGGUGAUAGAGAUCGACCAGUUCUCCUUCCCAGUGUACCGCUCCUUUCUGGAGUUCCUCUACACGGACAACGUGGAGCUGCCUCCAGAGGACGCCAUCGGCCUGCUGGACCUCGCCACCUCCUACUGCGAGAACCGCCUGAAGCGUCUAUGCCAGCACAUCAUCAAGAGGGGCAUCACGGUGGAGAACGCCUUCACCCUGCUGUCUGCCGCCGUUCGCUACGACGCCGAGGACCUGGAGGAGUUCUGCUUCAAAUUCUGCGUGAACCACCUGACCCAGGUGACCCAGACGGCGGCUUUCUGGCAGAUUGACGGCAACCUGCUCAAAGACUUCAUAUGUCGAGCGAGUCGCUGCGGCGCCUUCAAGAAUUGAUCUGGAGCUAUACAUCAACGAUGCGUUCAGGGACACCACGCCCCUCCCAUUUCUAAAGACUUGAAUGUUGCAAUAUUUGCUGACCAACUUAUUUAAGUUUUUGCACUUUUUAAAAAAACACUUUUAUUCUCUAAACACAACGUCUACAGGCGCCACCUGGAAGUAACAGCUUUGUUAUUAUUACUAUUAUUAUUAUUAGCAUUAUUAGCACUUAUGCCUCCAUAGCUGCUCUGACGAUUGGACCUCAGGUUACCAGACACAUUCAGUCUGUUACAGGAGUAGACAUUUGCUUUGUGCGACUAGACUACAAAGCUUUUUUUUUUUUUUUUUUCUAAUGUUGGAACUGAACUCGUGACAUUUUAGGGAGAUUUUUCUCCAUUGAUUCAGUCUGACAUCUUUUGUAAUAAUGACUUAUUUCCAGCUGCACUCCUGCUGUGACACUUUCAUUCCAGUGGAGACUCGUCUUUAAAUCCACUAACUUGUCUUUUUAAAAGGCAGAAAUAAGCAACAGGUCAGAAUGCCAGUUUCAUUUCAUUGGAUUAGCAAAACAAGGACAGUCCUGGGAGUACUCUGAAGUGCCAGUUUGACCACUUUCUGACCUCUGUAUGAAAAUGUCAUUUAAAAUGAAUAAUAAAAGACUCACGUUGAUUGAGUCAGACAUCUUUGUACCUC